AUGUCUACCUCUCUCGACCAGCUCAAGUCCACCGGCACCGUCGUUGUCUCUGACUCCGGCGACUUCGCCUCCAUCGCCAAGUACAAGCCCCAGGAUGCCACCACCAACCCCUCCCUCAUCCUCGCCGCUUCCAAGAAGCCCGAGUACGCCAAGCUGAUUGACGAGGCCGUCGCCUACGCCAAGAAGAAGGGCGGCUCCGUCGACGACCAGGUCGACGCCGCCCUCGACUCCCUCCUCGUCGAGUUCGGCAAGGAGAUCCUCAAGGUCGUCCCCGGCAAGGUCUCCACCGAGGUCGACGCCCGCUUCUCCUUCGACACCAAGGCCUCCGUCGACAAGGCCCUGCACAUCAUUGACCUGUACAAGGAGCAGGGCAUCUCCAAGGACCGCGUCCUGAUCAAGAUCGCCUCCACCUGGGAGGGCAUCAAGGCCGCCGAGAUCCUCCAGCGCGACCACGGCAUCAACACCAAUCUCACCCUCAUGUUCUCCAUCGUCCAGGCCAUUGCCGCCGCCGAGGCCGGCGCCUACCUCAUCUCCCCCUUCGUCGGCCGUAUCCUCGACUGGUACAAGGCCGCCACCAAGAAGGACUACUCCAAGGAGGAGGACCCCGGUGUCAAGUCCGUCGAGACCAUCUUCAACUACUACAAGAAGUACGGCUACAACACCAUCGUCAUGGGCGCCUCUUUCCGCAACAUCGGCGAGAUCACCGAGCUUGCCGGCUGCGACUACCUGACCAUCUCUCCCAACCUGCUUGAGGAGCUCCUCAACUCCGACGCCCCCGUCCCCAAGAAGCUCGACGCCUCCAAGGCCGCCAGCCUCAACAUCGAGAAGAAGUCGUACAUCAACGACGAGUCCCUCUUCCGCUUCGACUUCAACGAGGAGCAGAUGGCCGUCGAGAAGCUCCGCGAGGGUAUCUCCAAGUUCGCCGCCGACGCCGUCACCCUCAAGGACAUCAUCAAGGCCAAGGUCCAGGCAUAA